GGCUAAUUUGCACCUAGUUUGUAUGUUUUGCAAUUUAGCUUUGAAUUUAUAGCUGAUGGGUCACUGUGAGGGUUAGGUAACAUUUGCCUGGAGAGCAAGCAGAAAGCCCGGACUCCGUCUUCAUGGAACAAGACUUUCAACUGGUAUAGGCACUAUUUUCAGCUUAUUCAUCACUUAUUUAACCGCUGGAAAAAUCGCACCCUGUGUAUGCUUCACUGGGUUUGCAGCAGACUCACGUCCGUGCACUUCAGGGAGGAAAGUAUUGCGUAUCACUCCGUGUGAGGAUGAUGAAGGGAAGCUCAAACCACAACGCCAGCAUGAUUCCUCUCUCUCUCUCUCUCUCUCUCUCUCCCCCUCUCUCUCUCUCGCCCCGAGGCUUUUCUUCAGCGUCAUCAUAUCGGGUGAUGCAGUCCCUGAAGAUGGAGGCACUUUUUAUUAAAAGGAUAUGUGCUGCUCUGCGAACAAGCAGUGGCAGUCGGCUGCGAGGCUCUUCUCAGCUGCACAGCGAGGUGGCGAGGAUGAGCCUGCACGGGGCCGAGCACUGCAGGGAGAGGCGUCGCUCUGGAGAUCGCUCCAGGGAUUCCUCUCACGAACGGGCCGAGGGCCAGCUCACGCCCUGCAUCAGGAACGUCACCUCACCUACACGUCAGCAGCUCAGCGAUCGAGAGAGAGAAGCGGGAUCUUGGUCGAGGUCAGCGAGCCCCAGGCCUCAGAAAGGCUCCGGCUCCUUCUGUGCAGAUCCCCACAGUAAAGCUCACGGCUCGGACAUGAUUUACGUGUACGAAAACGUGAAGGAGGGCUCUCGGAGCGUGAGGACGGCGGAGAGGGUGACGCUCAUCGUAGAUAACACGCGCUUCGUCAUCGACCCUGCAGUCUUCACCGCUCAGCCCAACACCAUGCUCGGCAGAAAGAGAAAUAAAAAGAGGCUGGUGAGGGAAUGGCUGUUUAUAGCUGCUAUGAGGAUGUUCGGAGCCGGGAGGGAGUACAACUUCACCCGGCCCAACGAGAAGGGCGAGUACGAGGUGGCCGAGGGCAUCAGCUCCACCGUAUUCCGCGCCAUCCUGGAUUAUUACAAAUCGGGGAUAAUCCGCUGCCCCGAUGGGAUCUCCAUUCCCGAGCUGAGGGAGGCAUGUGACUACCUCUGCAUCUCCUUUGACUACAGCACCAUCAAGUGCAGAGAUCUGAGUGCACUGAUGCACGAGCUGUCAAACGACGGCGCACGGCAGCAGUUCGAGUCGUACCUGGAGGAGAUGGUGCUGCCGUUGAUGGUGGCCAGCGCUCAGAGCGGAGAGAGAGAGUGCCACGUGGUGGUGCUCACUGACGACGACGUGGUGGACUGGGAUGAAGAGUAUCCGCCUCAGAUGGGCGAGGAGUACUCUCAGAUUAUCUACAGCACAAAACUGUAUCGAUUCUUCAAAUACAUCGAGAAUCGUGACGUUGCCAAAUCGGUUUUAAAGGAGAGAGGACUGAAGAAGAUCCGAUUAGGCAUCGAAGGUUAUCCUACCUACAAGGAGAAAGUGAAGAAGCGUCCCGGCGGCCGGCCCGAGGUCAUCUACAACUACGUACAGAGACCGUUCAUCCGCAUGUCCUGGGAGAAAGAGGAGGGAAAGAGCCGCCACGUCGACUUCCAGUGCGUGAAAAGCAAAUCCAUCAGCAACCUUGCGGCAGCAGCAGCCGACAUGCCCCACGACCAGCUGGUGGCGCUGCACGCCGGGCCUCAGGUGGACGAACUGGACAUCCUGCCGAACCACCACCCUGAUCCGGACGCUCCAGCUCCGGCUGUAUGAAUUUUAUAAAUGCAAGCGUAGUCUGGACGCUGAAUCCAUGCAACACACACACACACACACACACACACACACACACACACACACACACACACACGUCAUGUCACUGCAGACGGGCAGCCAAACCCACGAUGCCUUUUCAGAGUCCCUCCCUGCCUUAAGAGACCUGUGUGCUGAGCUCUGUACGGGUCAGAGCAGUGGAUCAGUGAGUGUUCAAAGGGGAAUACCGCUCCAUGGGAAAAAUGCUAUGAUUAUUUAUCUAUUUAUUGAUGAUGAUGAUGAUGUAUUCAAUACUUAAUCAGUGUUUUAAAACACACUGACACCAUGCCUACACCACCGCUAGGGCAAACACAGGGCUCGACAAAUGGUACGUUCAUUAGUGAGCCAACGUAAAAGCUCCACUGUGCUAAUCAGGAGAACUAAUGAACCAGGAUACAGUGUUGUGUAAUGGAAUGCAAUGCAAUAACGCAGACAGGUGAGAGAGUUAAACGGCUAGUUAAGUGCAUUAAAUAUAAACUAAGAGGAAAAAGAGGGGGCGGAAGGAGUACAUGAUCAACGACGAAAACUCGUAACUUGGAAUUACUCCAUCCUCUGAGUAGGAGAAAACUAAGCCAGGCUCGUAAACUCAGGGCGGUCUCCUCAACCCCGGGUUCAGCAAGUGACGUCAAAGCAACAUGGCUGCUCACGGUAAACAAAGUGACACUUCUUCCUUCGCCUUUAAACGAGUUCUAUUGUGUAUAUACACACACACACACACACACAAGUAUUUGCUUUACGAUUUAGUAUUGAUCAACAUACAGGAAUAUUCAAUUCAAGUUCAAUUUAUAACAUUGACUUCUGUACAUUUCACGUGUAACGAGCGUUAGCUGGCAGGCUUGCUGCUAAAAACAUGGAGGCAUGGAGGGUUUUUCCCCCACUUCCUAGGUCGAAAAUGACGUAGUUCCGAUUUCCAAGGUAACGAAGAGGAAGAAUCUAUCGAGCCUGCUCGGUGAUUUCGGAUCGAUUUAGAUCCAGCCAUGCUUUUCUCCUUCGCCGAUUCGCCGCAACGUCUUCCAGCGUCACCGUGACAUCACAGCUCACGGACUCGGAAAAACAAACAACGCAAAGCACACGAACACAAAGCCUCGAGAUGUUCUUCAUUAGACAUCGAGCGCAGCACAAUCCGUCUCGUCCAAACAUUUCAGUGGGUGUAAUCUAAAACACACACACACACACACACACACACAGAGGCUUUUUGUGGUACGAGUGUGGUAGAAGUGGUCACACACACACCCUUCUCCUGUUGUCCAUCUGGUGAAGGAAUCUAAAGAGCGGUUCUUCACCAGAGCCGGAUUAGAUUAGAGCUGAGCUCGCUCUUCGAUUGUGUCCGCGGUCUUCAGUUUUAAAGGCCGCAGCUUUUCCCGAUUCCAUGUGUCUGAUGAAUUUUGAAGGUUUGCUGAUAGAUUGGACUGAGUGAAACAAGUAGAAACGUUGAUCUGAGCCACUACUGCUGAGCCUCGCACAGCUUCUCAGUCCAAAUGUAAACCCGUACACGUGAUGUCACAACCUCGAACUGUACUCUUCUUUCUUCCUUUUGAUUGUUAGCAGCACACACACACCACUCCAUUUCACCUCGUUUUAUAGCUUCAUCUGUAUUUUAAUAAAAGCAUCCGAUUGCUGUGGUUUGUCAAUCCA